AUGAUUGAGACAACAUUAAAUUUAGAUGUGCCAAAGGUAGUCCUUAUUACUAGAGAAAACUUCAUAAAAAUUUUAAGAGUUAUCAAACAGAAUAAAAAGGAAGUUGCAAUCAAUGAUGAUAAGGGACCUAGUAAUUCAUCAACAGAAAUAGUCAUUCAAGAAAGUGCACAAAAUUCUAGCUUUGAUGUUAAGGCAGAUAGUACUUUUUUAUUGAUAAAUAAUCAAAACUCUAAUGAUUCUGGCAAUCCCAUAUCCAUACCUUCAAGCCUUAAAGAAAAAAAAAAAUUGAUACAACAUGCUGACUCUCUUUUAGAUGAAUAUUCUAACUUUGAUGAAGAAAAUGAUGAGCAGAAGUUUGAUGCAGCUUUAACUUUAUUGCAUAAGGCCAUGCAUAGUUCUCUGCAAAGUAUUAACAAAGCAUUGAACCAAUUGUUAGUUACCAAUAAUGUUCAAGAAAAUACUAAACGAAUGGAAUAUUCUCUAUCUGAAUCAUCUGAUGCUGAUCUUAAUGCAAGUGGUGGGCUUCAAAGUUCUAAUAAGAUAGUGAACUUUUCACAAACAUCAAAUGAUCCAGAGUUUGAUCCUGAUGUUGGAGAAGCAAACGUGUCUAAAAUUGCAGAAAGAAAUAAAAAUGAAAUGCUUGCAAUUUCAUCAAUUAUUGACAAUCAACAAAAGCUAUCUACUUCAUUGUUAAAUAUUAAUGAACAAAAUCAAUCUGAUAAAUUAAUGGAUUUUCAGGCUGAAGAUAAUGAUACACAACCUGAUUCGGAUUUAGAUGAACAACCUGAUUCGAAUUUAGAUGAUGAAAUUGAUGAACAAAAAA